GUCUCCUCAAGCUUUCGCCUUUCUUCAUUGAUGAUUCGUCGCCGCAACCGGCACUUAACAGCUUGCAAUAGAAAUUUUUAAUGAAAAAGCUGAAUUCGCGAUCGGAAAUGGAAAUGGCGAUACCAUUGCCUUCGCCUCGACGUCCGAUGAAGAAGGAGAAGAAGCAGCAGCAAUGGAGGUCGUUAAUGUUUCAAAAAGAGAAGAGUUUGCGGCAAAUGAGAACAUAUGGAAUCAAAUUAAAGAGAUUGUGAUGUUUGCGGGGCCGGCCGCGGCGCUUUGGCUCUGUGGACCUUUAAUGAGUCUCAUCGACACGGCGGUUGUUGGUCAGGGAAGCUCUAUUGAGCUCGCUGCUUUGGGGCCAGGAACAGUUCGUUGUGAUUAUUCGAGUUAUGUGUUCAUGUUCCUUUCGAUCAGUACUUCAAAUAUGGUUGCCACUUCACUUGCCAGACUGGAUAAGAAAGAAGUGCAACAUCAGAUAUCUAUGUUGCUUUUUGUUGGGCUAAGUUGUGGCAUGCUGAUGCUUAUCUUUACGAGACUCCUGGGUGCUUGGGCACUAACUGCUUUUACUGGGUAAAAGAAUAUGCAUAUUGUACCUGCAGCAAAUGCAUAUGUUCAGAUUAGAGGUUUAGCAUGGCCAGCAGUUCUUGUUAUAUUAGUGUCUCAGAGUGCAAGCCUUGGCAUGAAAGAUUCCUGGGGACCCUUGAAGGCCUUAGCAGUUGCGAGUGCUGUGAACGGCAUUGGUGAUGUGGUCUUGUGUACUUUCUUGGGCUAUGGUAUUGCAGGUGCGGCAUGGGCAACUAUGGCGUCGCAGGUUGUUGCAGCUUAUAUGAUGAUUGAAGCUCUCAACAAGAAUGGAUAUAAUGCUUUCUUGGUCUCUGUUCCAUCAUCCACUGAACUGCUCCAAAUAUUCAAACUUGCUGCACCAGUGUUUAUAACAAUGACGUCCAAGGUUGCUUUUUACUCUCUCAUUAUAUAUUUUGCUACUUCUAUGGGCACGCAAACUGUUGCUGCUCAUCAGGUCAUGAUUCAAAUAUACACCAUGUGCACGGUAUGGGGUGAGCCUCUGUCCCAAACUGCUCAAUCAUUUAUGCCCAAGUUGAUAUGUGGGGUUGAUCGAAGUUUGCCAAAGGUUCGAACACUACUGAAGUCACUUCUGAUGAUUGGAGCUAUAGCUGGACUGAUGUUGGGAACUAUUGGAGCAUCCAUUCCUUGGUUGUUCCCCAAUCUUUUCACCACUGAUCAAGCGGUCAUUCGUGAGAUGCCCAAGGUGUUGAUUCCAUACUUCAUGGCAUUAGUUGUGCAACCCUCUACUCAUAGCCUUGAAGGAACAUUGUUGGCUGGACGGGAUCUUAGAUUUCUUAGUUUAUCAAUGACCACAUGCUUUUCUUUGGGUGCUCUUCUAUUAUUGCUUAUGAGCAGUACGGGUUAUGGCCUGCCAGGAUGCUGGUAUUCCCUUAUGGGGUUUCAAUGGGCUCGAUUUUUUCUAUCGCUAUGGCGGCUCAUUUCUCCUAAUGGCAUUCUUUACUCUGAAGAAUUAAACCAAUAUGCACUAUGAAGGCUGAGAGCUGCAUAGUCUUAGAACUAAAGGCUGGAAUAGUUGCUGCCUUGCUGAAGAGAAAUUUCAUACUUUUGCACCACAAAGCAUUCAGGCCAGAACAAAAUAGGCCUUGAUAGUGUUUAUGUGGCUGGUUUUUGGUGCAUCAAAAGUAGGGCAGGAUGCAGGCUAAGAGAAUUCUUCUGUGAAUAUGGUAUAGAGCUAGCCUGCUGCCUCUCUUCCCCCAGCAGACAGAAGGCUAAGCCACAUGAUAGGCUUCAAUGCCUGGUAUAAAAAGGAAAGAGAGGAAAAUUUUCCUGGCGACUCUCUUUGCAGAAUGCUUCGACCAGUUUACAGCCCCUUGCACACAAUGCAUCAGCUGACAAGCCCCCUCUUCAGCUCUCAGUUCAUCUAUUAGGCUGAUUCAUUUGUCUUGAUAGUAUUAUAUUAGGGCUUAUAUAUUGUUCAUUUUGACAGGUAAUACAGGAUGUGCUAAUGUUUCCAUGUAUGAUUGAGCAUAUUUUGUGGAUUUUAUGAUAUUCUUCCUGCCAAAAUGUCUACAUUGUUCUUUCUAUUGAUGUUAGUCUGUACAGAAACAGAGGGGUUUUUUGUCAAAUUUUCCACAAAUUAUAAGAAUGUUUUUUAUUC